AUGUUCAUACUAGGAAUGAUCUCCGUAUUCAUUGGCAUUUGUUUGCUUGCACCAGACGAGUCAAGAGGAGGUGAAGUGAAGGAUAGCUCUUUAGUGUCUGUGACAACUGCAAGUGAUGUGGAAAGGGUAGUCAUGCCACCUGAAGAUUCACAAAUUAAAGACAUGAGAUCGCUUGCACGAGCAAUGAUGCUGAAGGCUGCCAAUAUGGUUGUUAAGGCAAAGACUGCUUGUUCAUUAUCAUUGGGUUUGGGAGAAGAUACUAUCCAUGCAUCUUCAGUUCUUGUGAUGCCAAUGGUUUCAUCAAAGAUAACAGGCUUCAGAGGAGGUGGUUUUGAUCGGACCAAGUUCUUCUCCCUAAGAAACCCUGGUUGGAGUAAGAUCUCAAUGGAUGAGGAUGAGGCCAAAAUGCUCGAGACAACUUCAAUGCUCUCUCAGAGCAUCGAGUAG